GCGCUGGGCGCCUCAGUUGGUCGCGAGACCUGCGUAGCGUCGGUUGGUUUCGCAGCCUGCCCCCAACCAUCAUCCACAUCCGCCUCCUCCAGCGGAGCCCAGUAGGCCUUUGAGCGCUCACUUCAAUUUCAAUUUCAACUUCAGUCUUCACCCGAUUCACACCGGUUCGGUUACGGUUCGCUUACGAGUUCGCUGACACACACAGUAGUAGUGCUUCGGUUCGUUUCGUUUCAUUUCGUUUCGAUUCGAUUGAGUUGAUUUCGGACAUUUCAUCUCAUUGAGUGCGUGCGUUAUUUGUUUUUGUUUAUUUUUUUGUUCAAGUGUCCAAUGCCUCGAGAGCCUGAACUCACCUAAAAACCCUCAACGGUAACAGCAACAAAAGGUCACUCACUGCCAGCCGAGUUGGUAAAUGUGAAUACAAAAUGUCAUCCACUGUUCUGCAUGCCGGUGGGGCAGCGGCGGAUGAUUACCAUCUGGCCGCGAGCACCUCGGGCGGUGGUGACGGUGCCGGCAGCGGUGGCGGUGGCGGUGGCGGCGGUGGCGGCGGUGGCGAGAAGCUUAAGGAUAUGCCAGAGAAGUACGUAAUGGCGAUUGUCAAUUUUCUGGACUGGCACGUCAACUCGACAGCCGACAUGGAGCGGCUCAACCUGAAGGCGAGCAUCAAGUCGGUUUAUUGGCUUUUCCUCAUCCAAUACGCGGCCUUGGCCAUCCUUGGCGUGAUUCUUAAUAUCGCAAUUAUCGUGUACAUUAUGUACCAUCGCCUGUACAAGGAUGUGACACACUCAUUCCUGAUCAAUCUGGCCCUGUGCCACUUUGUCCAGUGCGCCCUGGUCCUGCCCGUCUCGCUGAUGGUGAUGCUCAUCCAGAACUGGAUCUUCGGGCAGUUUCUGUGCUUCUUUCUGCCCAUGCUACAGGACAUUCCGCUACAUGUGGCCAUGAUAUCGCACAUCCUGAUUGCCUGGGAUCGCAUGCGCUGGCUCAACGAUCCGCUGAAGGGCCGACUGCCGGGCUUUGUCUGCUGCUGCGCCACCUGGCUGACUGGCAUGGUGAUUGCCCUGCCCUAUCCCAUAUACACCUUCUACGUGGAGCUGGGGGACUACAUGCCGCAGCUGGCCGGGAUUGGGCUGUGCGUCGUGAACUUGAUGGACGAUAUGCAGGAGUAUACCAGAGGCCUGUUCCUGCUCAUGUACUGUGGCCCCGCCAUCCUUUUGUCCUACCUUUAUAUCCGCACGUCGCAGGAGCUGCGUCCGCCGGAGGGACCCUUCGCGGUCAUGAUGUACGAGCACCGAGCGGACCUGCGGAUGCGCCAGCGGCAUUCGUCGACGUCGUCGGCCGAGCCGCGCACCCUCAGCGGCGGCGGUGUGGCGGGAUUGAGCAAUGGGAACCAUGCGAGCAGCAGAUCCUAUGACUUGUACAGCGCCGAGCUGGAUGUCCAUCGGGAGAAGCGAAAGCAGCGGAACUUCGGGAGCAUGGCCGCCACCCAGGUGGUCUGCGUGUGCCCCCUGAUGAUCCUCCGCUUUGCGCGCCUCUCGCUGGAGGAGACGUACGAGAACCAGAAGCACUUUGACUUCACCUACCUGAUGUUCGUGUGGGUGGCCUUCCUCCCCACCGUCAUCUUUCCCUGCAUCUACGCCUCACAGAUACUGCCCAGGGAUGAGCAGGAGCGUCUGCGGGGCUACUUUCGUCUCUCGUCGAAGAGAAAGCAGAAGACUCAGCGGCGCAGCGAUGCGGCACGUGGCUCACGGGAGGACUCCAUCGAGAAGGAUGAACCCACUAACACCACCACCAUCCAGGCACACCAGGGACACCAGGGUCACCAGGGACACCCCGAGCCGCAGCACAAGCAUCCGGCCAAGGUGCGGCACGAGCGGACUGCGGGCCAUGGCUCCACCGGCGAACGCUACAGCGGACCACCCCACAGGCAGGGCAAGGACAGAGACAGGGAGAGGGAGCGCAUGAGAGGCGGACGCGGACCUGGCGACGCUGGCGUGGUCAACAAUCUGGGCAAGGAUGUGCGCGGCAAGAAGCACGAUGUCAAGAUCAACAUCAUCUCCGAUGGGGGACAUGCCGGCGGCCAUCACCAGAGGAAACAACCCGCAAGCAGCGGCAGUGGCAGCAGCAACCGCAGCAGACCGACACCCAAUCAGCGGCAGCUGCGCAGUGCGGAGUGCAUGUCGGGCAUAACCGCCUCAUCCUAUUGCAAUGGGAAUGGAAAUGGGACUGGGACUGGGAAUGGGACUGGGACUGGGAGCAUGCUGGAUGACAGCGGCACGAGCAACUAUGGCGAUGGGGAGGAGAGCUCCGUGGUGAGCAGCAUGAUGGUGGGGCCACAGCGUUGGCCAGCAGCAGCAGCAGCAGCGGCCGGCGGCGGCGGGGUGGGGCUGCGACACAAGGACAUCUCGUUCAGCGAGUGCAGCAGCAGCACCUUCUCGUCCAGCACCCUGGAGCGAGACCUGGAGAUCAUGGACCAGCUGGAGCGCGAGCGGAGCAUGGACAUCCAGGAGAUGCUGCUGCGGGAGCAGCGCGAGAAGAGCCGCCACAGCGGCGGUCGCCAGCUGCCGGACAUCGAGAAGCUCUAUGCCCAACGCUCGCCGAAGGCCAAGCGGGAGGCUACGGCCUACGGCUACGACAAGGCCGCACUGGCCUUGGUCCUGCCCGGCAACGAUCCCCUCAGCAGCCUCUCCCUCACCGGCAGCAGCCAGCCCACAGAGUACAGCCUGUGCUCCUCCCUGCAGGAUCCCGGUGUGGAGCAUCGACUGCAUGAGCAGCAUGCGGGUGAGAAUGAGGUUGAGGAGGAGGAGGAGGAGGAGGAGGAGGAGGAGAUUGUGCCACCGGAUUUCUAUGACAACUACACACCAGGCGGUGCACAGAACUUGCCACCGGCUGUCGCCCAGGCAGCCAGUGCCCAGGCGGUGGCAUCCGUUCCGCCGCCCGCCUAUCAGUAUCAGUACAGUCGGAAUCGGCUGAGCCGGAAGAGCUCCAGUGGGUCGCACCACCACCCACACGCGGGCGGUGCCAUGUCGUCGCGCGGCUCCAAGCGGGACAGCUUCAACUCGCUGAACGGCACCGACCUCAUAGCCGGUGCCUUCUGCGAGCUGGAUCCGACGCAGCCGCUCAACAAGAUGGCCGUCAUCGAGGGUCGGAUGCGCCGCAGCAGUCCACGGAACGCCAGCUUCAGCUCUGGCUCGGGCUCCGCUUCCGGUUCCGGGCGCAGCUCCAUGAAGUCCUCCUCGCGGGACUAUGGUCACGGCUCCUCCUCGCACUCGGCCCAUCCCGAGCUCGAUUUCAGGGAGAACAUUUUCGCAGAGUUGUAAACAGGGAAGAGAGUAAAGAGGAAUGAGGAAUGAGAGUAAGGAAACGGAACGAAAAGCUUUAGCCUGAGAGCCUGAGAGUCUGGAGUUCAUCCUCUCUCUCUCUCUCUCUGCAGGAUUCACACGAAACAAUUUGUUAUGGCGAUUGUAGGUUUGCUCAGAGAAUUGUUAGGCGGUUAAUCAAACACACACAAAAACCAAAUUUAAUUCAACUCAACAAACGAGAAUACUACAAAAGAAAGGAUAAUCGAAGCAGAAUACAGCUGCAGCUACAGAUGAUAAAUGAUGAAUGGAUUUGUAUGCAACGUUAUUUGAAUACUGGUUGA